GUGAGCUUCAUAUUCUACGCCAAGCGGUGGCCCGAGGGCCAGUUUGACUACCUGCGGGACCGCGUCACCAAGGGGUUUGGGCGCAACGCGAGCAACUGGGGGUACAGCAACAUCCUGGGGCGGCCGUGGGCGGAUGUGGUGCAGGACGAGAGCAAGUACUUCAAGAACGGCGUCAUGUCCGUCUUUGCUGAGGUGCAGAUCCUAGAGGAUGCUGGGAGGGGGCCCGUUGUAGGGGGGUGA